AAUUGUGAACCUCUGUAAUUAUUAAUAGUCAACAUCGACCUUCCAAAUCUGCCGAUAGAGUAAAAUCUGUACGUCGCACCAGCAAUCUGAGCUUUGCUUGCAAUCAAAUUCUCUCAACCUUAUUUCAGUUCUGACUUCCAUGUCUCAAGAUUUUUCAACAUUAUUCUCUUGGCAUUGCCGAGGGCUUGUCCCUGCCAAUUUGGUUCAGAAGAAGAUUUCAUCACACAUCCAUCGUUCCAGAUCGAUGUGAAUACAGAAAAGAUAGCUUGGAAAAAUUCCAGAAGAGAAGAAAAAAAUGGCGUCUGUUUCUCUUUCGGCUUUGGGAUCCUCAAAGCCCGCCGACUCAGAGCCAUCUGAUCAGUCCACGGCUCUUCUCACCGAGACGUCGGACAAUCUCCUCGACAGAUUUGAGCCCACAAAAAACAAUCACUCUUACUUAAUGAUAGUUAUGAUGGCAAUUACAUGCCUCAGUGCAGCUUCCGCCAUCGCAUUUGCCUUCCUUUUCUUCACAUCUAGGGUUUCGACCUCGCGACCUGCAGACCCAAUUCUUGAAUUUGCUCGCCGACAAACGAAGCUGGAGCAUCCUGUGGUAAUCCUGGUUUCUUCUGACGGAUUUCGGUUUGGGUAUCAGUACAAAACCCAGACACCCAACAUCGACAGGCUAAUCGCCAAUGGCACCAUGGCAGAAUACGGUAUGAUCCCUGUUUUCCCAACCCUUACAUUUCCAAACCAUUAUGCAAUUGCGACGGGACUAUAUCCUGCUUGGCAUGGAAUCAUCAAUAAUCACUUUAGGGACCCCGAUACUAAUGACACUUUUCACAUGCAAAACCAUGACCCUAAAUGGUGGCUCGGAGAGCCUCUUUGGGAGACUCUAACAAAAAAUGGUCUGCCCGCUGCUACGUAUUUUUGGCCAGGGUCUGAGGUCAUUAAGGGCCCCUGGAAUUGUCCCAAGGGCUUUUGCCAACAGUAUAAUGGCUCUGUUCCAUUUGAGGAAAGAGUGGACACUGUGUUGGGUUAUUUUGAUCUAAAUGCUUCAGAGAAACCCAGAUUCAUGACCCUUUAUUUUGAAGAUCCUGAUCAUCAGGGCCACAAGGUUGGACCUGAUGAUCCCCAGAUUACUGAUGCUGUUUCUCGGAUUGAUUCGAUGAUGGGUAGACUCAUGAAUGGGCUUGAAAAAAGAGGGGUUUUGGAGGAUGUGACGAUUAUCAUGGUUGGUGAUCAUGGCAUGGUGGGUACCUGUGAUAAGAAGCUCAUCUUUUUGGAGGAUUUGAGUCCUUGGAUCGACAUUUCUCAUGAUUGGGUGCAGAGUUAUACUCCUUUGCUUUCCAUUAGGCCUCCCCCAUGGUUCUCUGCUUCCGAAGUGGUGGCGAAAAUGCGAGAAGGCUUGAAUUCUGGCAAGGUGAAUAAUGGAGAGUAUCUGCAGGUCUUUUUGAAAGAGGAUUUACCGGAUCGGCUUCAUUAUUCGAGUAGCGAGAGGAUCCCUCCUAUCAUUGGGAUGCUUGCGGAAGGAUUCAAAGUGGAACAAAAGACCUCUAAGCGUCAAGAAUGUGGGGGAGCACAUGGCUAUGAUAAUGCGUUCUUUUCUAUGAGGACAAUUUUCUUCGGCCACGGUCCUCGGUUUGCAAGAGGGCGCAAGGUCCCAUCUUUUGAGAAUGUUGAGAUAUAUAAUUUAAUCACUUCCAUUCUGAACAUUCCUGGAGCACCUACAAAUGGCACCCCAUCUUUUCCAGAGUCGAUUCUCCUGCCUACCCAUUGAUAUAUUUAUUUUAAAUCUGAAAUUUUAGCCUGGAUCUUUGUUGCAAGACAAGCGGGUCAUGUAGCAUAGGUUGGGCAAAUAAUUCUUAAUAAUCGCUGGAAUUCAGAGGCAAUUUCAUGUGAUGACUUUUCUCAAAAAAUUAGCUUCGAAGGAGUAUGAUCUUAGACGUCAUAUAUUUCAAGGGUCAGGGCUUUAACAUAUGUAAGUAAAGAAGUAUAAUUUUCCCCUUGGCAAGGAUCAUGGCAGCACUCUUAGGAUCUGGUAUUUUAAAACAUCUGGAAAUAUCCAUUUCAUUGCCUAUUUUCUGUAUAGUUACUUUUUAAUAAAAUUCACUUUAGGAUUGGUGCUGCUUUAUGCUCA